AUGGAGAGCAACAAUGCCAACAUCAUUGAUCCUGCCAGAAAGAGAAAACUCGCUAAUUCUGAUCCAGGCACCAAAAAGACGAAGAUAGAUCAGCAAAACAGCCUGAAUAUCAUCUCGAGCGAUUACACUCAGCUUUUAAAGCUCCAGCAUUCAGUCAAGGGCUUGAAGUCUGGCUUGGAUAACAUCAUCAAGUUUUCUCCUUCUCCAAGUGAAAUUGAAAAUUUUCUCUCGGAUCCCGGCUCUGUUGUCGAUAAAAAGUGGUUACUUUUGCAAAAACCCAUCUUCAAAUUGAGUUCCCAGUUGAAAGAAUUGUAUCUUCAAGGAAAAUUGGGCAUUUUUGACGAUAUAAUACAAUUCAACAAUGACACUGUUUUAAAAGGAAACAAUUCGUCCAUUGGUCAGACUAAGAGUGAUACACCAAAAUUGAACUUUGAAUACGAUUUCACAUAUAAAGAACCAUUUCAAAGCUCAAAAAAAUCUUUGGUUUCAACCUCUGGAUACUCAAAUCAAAACAAAUCAUGGCCUCCAACUCUACCAGAAAUUGAGGAUCGCUCAAUCUACAUAGAAGCUUUUACUCAUGCUUCUGUUAAGGGAAUUGUCAAUAAUCAAAGACUAGAGUUUUUGGGCGAUUCAUAUUUGAAUAAUUUUGUCACUGUCAUGUUGUUUGAGAAUUUUCCCAACCUAGAUGAGGGCAAUUUAUCCAAAUUGCGAGCCAAAGUCGUGUGUAAUAACUCAUUAUUAACGUUUGCUGAGAUAUAUGGUUUUGAUAAAAAAUUACAGUGUAGUGUUGGAACCAAUUUUUCUACUGGUGGCAAGAAAAUAAUUUCAGAUUGUUUUGAGGCCUAUGUUGGUGGUUUAGUGCAAGAUAGUAUUCGUAAAAACAGAAACUUGAAUUUCGUCUUUGCUUGGUUAAAAGAGCUAUUCACACCAACAAUUAAAGAAUAUAUAAGUUCUGAAUUUGGUUCUAUGCAAGACAAAAACACUACAAAGGAUGAAACUAACAAUAAUGAACAACAGCCUAAAGAAGUUUUAUAUGCCCUCUUGGGCUCAAAAUUUGCAAAACCUGAAUACUUUACCGUAAAGAAAUCAGACCUUAGUAGCACUGUUGAAUGCAGAUAUCUUGGUGAGGUAUUGGGAACUGGUGUUGCUGGAAACUUGAAGAAGGCUGGUCAAAAUGCUGCUGCUGAUUCACUUAAAAAUAAAUCAAGAAUAGAAUUCUAUUCUCAAAAAAGAGAAACAUUGCUAGCAAAAUAUGAUGCUGAAAAAGAGAGGCUUGGUGGUGAUACCUCUUCAAUCCCAAAUCCCUAUUUAGUAUAUCUAAAAGAUUCAGAAUCAACUCCAAAAUUGUUUGAAAAACCAUAUGAAAUUCCACCUAUUCAAAAAAUUCCAAUUGAUUUUGGAGCAAAAGAUAGGUUACAUGUUUUAUUAAGUAGAAAUAAAAAACCUCUACCUAGAUAUGCAAUUGAAAGAUUGAAUAUGUUAAAUGUUAGAGUAACACUAUUCUACUUGAAUUUUCCAAUUUGCUAUGCUAUUGAUACUAACAAACAAAAAGCUGGUCAUAGGAUUGCAAUGUAUAUUUUACAAUCUAAAGAAGUGCUAACUGCGAUGGGCAUAGAGAAUCCAUAA